GUAACGAUAACAUUUAGAAAAUGGGCGCAGCUUUAUCUAGUCGAGCAGUUUGGGUCUCGGCCUCGGACACUGUUGGAAAACUUGAUUUCUCUAGAUCAAAUGAAGAUCUAUUGAAGGAUCUCUGUGUUCAUAUUGAAGAAUUGGUUCGUAGCAAUCCAAGUGAAGCUGGAGUUUUCUUUCAAAAGCCACUUGUUUGGCAUUCUUCUUGUCCUUUUGCAUCUUAUGAUGUUCUUAACCAACCAGAAUACAUCAGAAAUGACGAAAGUGUCGUGUCUUCAGAAAAGAAAAAUGAAAAUCCUGCCUUGAGCAUUGUCAAGAACAAUGAUGGUGCAACCAUCACAGUGUACAACUUUAAGUUUCUCGUUAAAGUUAUGUCUUGUGUUGGUCAGAAAAAACUCAAAGAAGCUCAACUUUGUCUUGAAGCUAAUCCUGAUCCUUUAACUAACAUUAUUGGUUCUUCUUUCCAUGGAAGUGAGAAUAAACUAUUGGUUGAUGUUCAUGAUAAACUAGCAAGGGAAAAGGCUCAAGGUAACAACAAUAUGGAUGACUCAACAUUUAGAUUACUAUUACUCAUCAAUAAUCUUGAUAUUCAAUUAAUGCAAUCGUCAUUAAAACAGUUGGGGAGAGAUGUUAGACUAACACCAAAUCUUGUGCAAAGUGAAGUUGAAUUGUUGCAAACUUUUUCUGGAAAUGAAUCUGAUAAGUGUUUAAAAAGCAUUGAAUACACAUCUACUUUGUCAUUUAGCAAUGGCUGUCGAGCACCACCUUGGAGGCAAGUUUUGGGGGACAUCUGCUAUCUGUGCAUUCAAUUGCAUGAUAGUGGUCAAAUUUAUGUGACAGCCAGCACUGAAGGUUACUUUAUGAACAAAGGAAUGAAUCAAGGACAAUUGCAGUAUGACAAAACCGGUGAUUUGUAUUCUACAUUGGUCCUCUUACUUAAAUCUUAUAGUCAACAUUUUGCUAAUACAAUAAUGCAACAGGAGUUUUUGUCUGUAGGAGAUAGUUUAGAAUCUGAAGUUCCUAAAUCUGUGAGAAGACCUUUGGAUACUCAUAGCGUCCCUAAUGAGGUCACUGAGGCAACAGAUAAACCAAAGGAAGCUGUUGUACAAGCACCUCCAGCCAAACCUGUUUCAAAGUCAAAAAAGUCAUCAGCUGAAAAAAAGCAAUCUAAAAGACAAAGAAAACAAACACCAAAUGAACCUAGAUUUGUAACACCUCCUGAAACCUCAGGCUCAAAGAAAAGUCGUGGGCAACUUGAAUCAUCUAAGCAGCCUAAUCACUCUGUGUCCUCAAUUCAUGAUAUACAUGUAGCAGAACUCUCUGAGAAUGACAUUGGUAGUAGUAGUGAUGACAGCGAAGAAGAAGAAGAAAUACAAGACAGGCACCCUGAGUCAACAGCGGACCUUCCUUCAGAAUACUGGCAGAUACAGAAACUCAUUAAAUAUUUAAAAGCUGGUAACCAAACCACAACUGUUAUUGCUCUGUGCUGUCUGCAAGAUUUUGAUCUUACACUUGAAAGCUCACAUCUCGCUAUCAGAGACAAUGGUGGUCUAGAUUUAAUCAUUAAUUUGCUAGAAACUGGGGAUAUUAAGUGCAUGAUAGGUGCAUUGAGGAUUCUUCGUGAUAUAUCCAUACAUCCUCACACAAGAAUAGCCAUUGUUGAUUUAAAGGGGCUGCCUCACCUUGUACAAAUCCUGCAGUCUCCUAUACGUGAACUAAAGUGCCUGGCAGCUGAAACUAUUGCUAAUAUUGCCAAAUUUAAGCGUGCUAGGAAAAUUGUAUGCAUUAAUGGAGGUCUUCACUAUUUGGUAAAUAUGUUAGAGAGUACUGGACGGCCAGGAUCAUCUCUUACAGGAGAAAGAAGUGAUUUAGAGGUUGCUCGUUGUGCAGCCCUUGGCUUAUGGUCUUGCUCAAGAAGCAAAAGAAGCAAGCGAGUCUUACUCAAAACAAAUGUUGUUACUUUGCUGGGGCAAUAUUUGCACUCUGAUGAAGUAGACGUAUUAAUACCUGUUAUAGGAACUUUGCAGGAAUGUGCUACUGAACCUAAAUACCAAGAACUGAUACAGUCAUCAGGUAUGAUUAAGCAGUUGGUGAAAGGUCUUCAUGUUGAAAAUGAAGAGCUUCAGAUGCAUUGUGCUUCAGCAAUUUUUAAAUGUGCUGAAGAAGAAGCAACACGUCAACUUGUUCGUCAGUAUGAAGGACUCUUACCACUUAGUAAAAGGCUUGCUAAUGCUAAUGAUAACAAAGAUCUCUUAACUGCUGUGACAGGUGCUAUUUGGAAAUGCUCCAAGAGUCCACAGAAUGUGCAUGAAUUGAAAAAACUAAAGGCCAUUGAAAAGCUAGUUGGAUUGCUGUCCAAUCAACCUGAAGAAGUUUUGAUUAAUGUUGUUGGAGCCAUUGCUGAGUGUGCACGGAUUGAUAAUGAGAAUCGUGUUGCAAUACGUAAAAGUGGUGGUGUUGUUCCAUUGGUUCAGCUGUUAACUGGAACAAAUCAGUCUUUACUCAUUAAUGCAACCAAAGCUGUUGGUGCUUGUGCUCUAGAAAAUGAGAGUAUGGUGAUCAUAGACAAACAAGAUGGAGUUAGGCUUUUGUGGUCCUUGCUCAAAUCUCCAAAUCCAGAGGUUCAAGCAUGUGCUGCAUGGGCUAUUUGUCCUUGCAUUGAAAAUGCUAAGGAUGCUGGAGAAUUGGUAAGAUCCUUUGUUGGUGGUCUUGAGUUAAUUGUGGGUCUUUUGAAGUCAACUGAUGUAGAGGUACUAGCUGGUGUAUCUGCUGCUAUUGCUAAAAUUGCACAGGAUCAAGAAAAUUUGGCUGUGAUUACUGACCAUGGAGUUGUGCCUUUGCUUGCUCAGCUUACUCAUACAAACAAUGAUAAUCUUCGCCACCACUUGGCUGAUGCCAUUUCAAAGUGCUGUUCUUGGCGCAAUAACCGUGUUGGUUUUGGUCAGAAUAGUGCUGUUGCUCCGUUGGUAAAGUAUUUAUGUUCUGAUGAUGAAUCCGUUCAUCGUACAACAGCGUGUGCUUUGAAUCAACUUUCUUAUGAUCCAGACAACUGUAUCACAAUGCAUGAAGCUGGUGUUGUGCAAUUGCUACUUCCAAUGAUUGGUAGGGCAGAUGAAGUUUUGCAGGAAGCUGCUGCUGAUUGUAUCAGUAACAUACGGCAUUUAGCAAUGGCCAAUGAUAAAGCAAAGUUUAAGUGACCUCUCAGCUAACUAGCAGUUAACUAUAACAACUACAUAAUAAUGAAUAGUUCACUUUAGGUUUUCAAUUCAAAAACUGUUAAGUUAAUUUUUAA